AGUUUACAAAUGAAAAGGUCACUAAACUUAGGUCAGCGAAAAGCAUGAGUUUAAAGUUAAAGACAACAUUGGGACUUUACAAAUCCGAAUCUCUUACUUAUUGUGUACAAUUGUGCCAUAAGUUGCUAACACAACAGAGAUACUUCUCAGAUGCUCCCAAUCAUAAAAAUGAACCACAAAACAAUGAUACGGACGACUUUUAUGGGAUACCAGAAUCAUUCCGAUUACAACAGGUGAGGCUACGACCAAAUAAAACAUCAAUUAAAAAAUCUGAUGAUAAUGAUUCUCAAGAUACUGAUACGACAAAAGAUGAGAUCUAUCAAACUCAAAGUAGAUCAAACAAUCUCGAUGACAGUCAUGAAAAGAAACAUUUGUCUCGGAAAGAAAGACGUCUCCUAAAACACACCGGAGUGGCAUAUCGUACUUUUUAUGGGUUUGUUUCAUUUGAUGCAGCCGCUGGUCACCAACCCGAAGAACAUGUUGCAAAAGUGGAGAACAUUUUUAAUAAUUGUUUCAGAAUAUCUAGAAACUCUAAAGAUAGCAAUUUAGAUGUAGCUCUGGAUAGGUCUAGUGCUAGAUCAUCUGUAGAUCAAGGUCCUAAUCUAGAUAAAAGUCAGUUUCCAUCAAUGUCACCACCAGAAACUGCUAAAUCUCUUUCUCAACAUCCUUCUCAUAUUGAAUCGAGCUCAUUAAAUUAUAUUGACAGAAAUUUUUUUCCACGAAUAGACCAAGAUGUGCAUUCUAAUGAGAUUGGCACAUUUUCAGACAAAUUUCAAGAUCAGGAAACUCGAAAAAAUCUUGAAAAUUAUAAACCUAGUGCUGCUAAUGUCAAGCCCAUUCAAGAACCGUCAGUUGUAGGCCUGCAUGAAGUAGAAGAUAUUAGAUAUACUAAGCUAGAAAAAGGCAUUAAAGAAACAAAUUAUCCCAUGAGUUCUAAAAAUAUUGAUUUUAAAGAUGCAAAGACUGGCAGUUAUGAAAGUAAUUUAAAUGAAGUUGAUGAACAGUAUUUUGGUCAACACUUGAAGCGUAACGAAAAAGUAAAUGUCAAUUACAGUUCAACAAACAAACCUAAAUUUACUGGCAACAUCAGUGAAAUAGAUGAGCAAUAUUUUGGUUCACAUCUAGAAACUAAAAAUGUAUCUAUUGCUCAGGACAGGUCUGAGGAUGUGAAAGAGAAACAGAAUGAUUCAUAUAAUCAGCCAACUUAUAAUGGAACAGAAAAAGACCUUUUUAGAAGUAAUCUGAAUGAAGUAGAUGAACAAUAUUUUGGAGAGUCUUUUCAAACUAAAGCUGAUUUUAAUGUUGAAACUGGUACCAAUAAUGAUCACGACUUUGGUAAAGUUAUAGCCAAUUAUCCAAUACAUUAUGCUAGCAGUCAGUCUGAAAAUUCUCUUUCUGGUUUAAAACAAGAUGUCCAAACUUUAAAAGAGAAGAAAACAUCUUUAGAAACAUCAGAAGGGCAGUCUAAUCAUUCAGACAAUAAAGUCAAAGCCAAUGUAGAUAAUACAAACAUCUUAUCAAGCGAUGACUUUAUAAGAAAAAAACAUCAUAAAAAGAAAGAGGUUUCAACUCCAGAAAAAAAAGCACCAACAGCUUAUGACAUGGCUAUGAAAAUAAGAUCUAGUUUGAAAGACAGUGAGUAUGAGUAUGGCACAUUGAAGAACGUAGAGCAACAAAAAUAUCACAGCAGAUCUCAAGUUCUUGAGGACUCAAGUGAUGAAACAGCAGCUGAUAAGUUGGAUACCAAAAAGGUUGAUAGUAAAGGCUUUAAAAUCUUAAAACACCAGACACUUGAUUUAAACAAAAUGACCAAAGCAGAUUUAACAGCGAUGCUCAGGUCAAGAAUAAUAUUUGACAAUGAAGAUUUCUUGGCUAUUGAUAAACCUUAUGGGUUACCUUGCAUAAGUCAAAAACAGGACAGGGUCAGCAUUACAGAAUUAUUGCCCAUGCUCAUUCAAAGUCUGUCCAAAAGCUACAAGACCAGUGAACUUCAUUUGGUGCAGAACUUGGAGCGUAACGUUACUGGCGCCAUUAUUCUUGCCAAAAAUCCUGAAGUAGCGUCCAUAUUAAAGGGCAUGUACAAUGAUCCUGAAGUUGUCACACAGCGGUUUUGGGCUAUUACUAAAGGUAUACCAAGCCCACCAAAGGGACUUAUUGACAUACCCAUUGGGGAAGGAAAAAUUGGAAAUAUCUACAAGAUGCUGUUAAGACCUAGAUACACUAUAGAAGAGAAGAAAGUGAUGAAGAAUAGCCAGGCUCCAUCAGAAAGAGCCAUAACUGAAUAUGAAAUCUUGGAUAGCCAUAUCCAAGCUGCUCUUGUUCAAUGUGUGUUACAUACCAAUAAUGUCAAACAUCAAAUAAGAGUUCACUUGGCAAGUGGAUUAAAUACACCCAUCCUCGGAGAUCAUAAAUAUUCUCAUUUUGCCACCCAACGUCCACAGAAGCUUCACAAAGAAAUGCUGGACAUGCUAAAAAUUCGACAAGCCAAAGUCCGUGACCUUGUUCUCCACUUGCAUUGCCGCUCUGUCAUCUUGAAAGAUUACAAAGGAAAAAUGAUUUUCCUGACCACACGUCCUCCUCCUCACUUUAAACAAAAUCUGGAGUCUUUAAAGCUAGCUGUGCCCAAGAAAUUACUUUAAAGCUAGCUGUGCCCAAGAAAUUACUUUAAUUUACUGAAACACUCAAACUCUCAGUAUAAAUUCAGUUCUUCAAAUAUUCUUGUUUUACACAUUUGUUGAGCUUUUAUUUGGCAAAUUUGUUUUUAUUAGUAUACUAGAGUACAACAUGUGUCUUCAAGAUUAGGUUAGAGUUAUAUUGUAUUCACUUGUUUAACUUAGAAAAAAAAAACAUCAACAUUAAAAAACAUUUUUGGUUAUUAAAAAAAGACAACCAUUUUGUUAUGAGAGUAAAUUAGAGCUAUCAUAGGGCACAUGGAAUCGGGUCUUUGUGUUUUUCAGAACAAGUUAUAGAUAAGUAUAUCAUGUGUAUAACAUCAAUUCUAUUUUUGGUUAUUGUAAUUUGAUGUAUCUUUGGAUGGCUGCUUGGUCAUGUGGUAUGCAUUCUGGACUGAUGUUCUGUGGUCAUGAGGGUCCUGUAAUUAUCUAAUUUACUGAAACUGAAUAUUGAAAAAUGUAUUUGUUUAUAAUUAGCUUACUUUAUAGCUUAGUAUGUUAUUAAAUGGUUUUUAGUUUCAAAGGUUUCAAAUGUACUAGUUAUUACAUGUCAUUAUGUUAAGCUGUGGAGGCACUGUGGCUGAACAGUAAAGUGCUUGGCUUCUGAACCGAGUCCUGGGUUUGAAUCCUGGUGAAUACUGGGAUUUUUUAUUUCAGGAUCUUUGGGCGCCUUUGAGUCCACCCAGCUCUAAUGGGUACCUCAAAUUAGUUGGGGAAAAGUAAAGGCGGCCGGUUGUCGUGUUGGCCACAUGACACCCUCAUUAACGGUGGGCCACAGAAACAGAUGACCUUUACAUCAUCUUCCCUAUAGAUCGCCAGGUCUGUAAGGGGAACUUUACUUAUAUUAAGCUGUUAUGAUACUAAUAGUUUAAUAAUUAAUCUCUGUAAAUGAUUGAUUAGUAGAAUGCUAUUGUAAAAAACAAAAAACUUAAUUGCAUGUCUGAAAUGCAUGUGUCUACUCUUAUUGCAUGACAGCUAUGUUACUAAGUAAGAAAUUUAGUUAACAGUCACUCACUGUUUAAAAGGAGCUCUAAAAUUGUGCUGCAGAAUUCAAAGUUGAUUCACAUUUCCAGAUUUUAAAAUGUUAAUUAUUCUACUAAAUAAAUGUAAAAGGAAUAUGCUUCGUUCACUCCUUUGAUUAUUUUUAUUGUUCAUUAUUGAUAAUGAAAUUUAAUUAAGAAUAUUGCUUAAUUGCUUAAUUAUUAAUAAAUAAUUCUACAAUGUAACAAUAUAUAUUAUAUUUUUAGUAACCCUAGGGAAACAGCUAUUGUUUUGAGCUGUCUCACACAUUUAGCACUUUAAAAAAACUAAAAGCUCUAUUAAAAAUCUAAUUUCACCAACACCUUUAUUAGCUUUUAUAUAGAGCUACUUUCAUGCUUAUAGCAUGCUCAGAGCUCUAUGGUCCGAUCUCAUUUGUGGACCAGUGGGGUAAGGGGGUAUCUUGGAGAAGGUUUUCUGUGCUGCCUUUGGGCGCUCGGUAAACACAACUAUGCUCGAGUCAGGUGUUGAACAUCGAGCCCCCUUCGUAUGUAGCCUAGCCAAGUUCAAACACACUUAGCCUCUCGACCACGCUUCCCCACCUUUAUAGGCGCCAUGCACACAGAGGCAAUACAUGUUUUAAAAAAAAAGGCAUGUUGAAUGAAGGAUUGGUGACCACCACAGGUGGCAGCCAGCUGGUUAUGGGUGGGUGAAAUAGUGAACACCACAAAGACAAUUUGUAUGUUAAUUUGAUUUUAUCAGCAAACCAGGCAUGGCUGACUUAAAAUUAACCAAUUCUUUUUUUUUUCAAUAAAGGCGACUAUGAAAAAAAACACAGUGAAGAGAAUGUUAAUUAAGCAAAAUUUAAAGUGAACUGGACUCCAUUGUAUUUACAUUGUUUUCACCAUAGCCCAUUAAGACACUGUGUGAAUCCAAUGUGUAUCUUUUUGUGCGUUGUAUUUUAUUGAUGAAAUUAUUUCUAUGGACAGCUUAAAAUCCAGAGAUAAAAUUGUCAAUUAUGAAUCUAUUGUUGAACAAUAAAACACUAAUAUGGGU